UUAUAUUAAUUAUCCAUAUUAUUAAGACUUUCAAAUUUCGUGGCACACACAUAUAGAUAUAGGAAAAGGAACAAUCUGAAUUCCCAAGUAGAGUAUUAUCUAGGGUUCUUAAUUUCCAAGCUAUCUCAACUUUUUUUCCCAAUUCCGAUCCAGUUACUUUUUUCAAAUCAAGGAUCUCAUCAUCUCUGCGAAAACUUGGCCGUCCGAUUGACUUUCUCUGAAUAUGGUCAAAAUUUGCAAACCCUACCUUGAUUUCAUUCAAAGAUCGAAUCUGUUUUGCCAUUUUAGUGUUUCUGAUCCGUUCCACAUAUAAUUUUGAUCAAAUUCAGGAAAAGGGUUCCGUUUUUUGUAUAUUGAUUUUGAAGAUAGUCAUGAGAAUUAUGUUGGGGUUUUUGUUAUAAUUUUGAAUUUUAGGUAAAAGUUUGUGGUUUCGUUUGAAUUGUUGAAAUUACUUUGUUCACUGAGUUGUGUAAAUCUCUUUAUUGUGAUCAGUGGGCUGUGUAAAAUUUUUUUUUUUUUUUUGGGGGGGUCUGAGGAAGUGUUAUCAUGUAUAUAGAGGAAGAGAGGGGGGGAGAGUUGGAGAGUAGGGAGGAAGGGGAGGAGGUGGUGGAGAAGGCAGAGAAAUCAUCUGCUGCUGCUAAGGUGUUGUGUUGUAGUGGUAGUAGUGGCAAGAAUGCCAUUGUUGUGUUGGAUGUUAGGAGGGUCAUGGUUGGAGUUGGGGCUCGGGCAUUGUUUUACCCGACACUUCUUUACAAUGUUGUUAGGAACAAGAUUCAGGUUGAGUUUCGCUGGUGGGACUGGAUUGACGAGUUUGUGUUAUUAGGUGCUGUCCCUUUCCAAUCUGAUGUAAAAAGGCUAAAGGAGCUUGGUGUUUCCGGUGUUGUCACCCUAAAUGAGCCAUAUGAGACCUUAGUUCCAACUUCUUUAUAUGAGGCUCAUGGUAUUCGUCAUUUGGUUCUGCCAACAAGAGAUUAUUUAUUCGCCCCAUCACUGCAUAAUAUAUGUCAAGCAGUAGAGUUCAUCCAUGAAAAUGCUUCCAACGGACAAAGUACAUACGUGCAUUGCAAGGCUGGUCGAGGACGUAGCACAACAAUUGUCUUAUGCUACUUGGUUAAGUACAAGCAGAUGACACCAAAUGAUGCAUAUAACUAUGUGAAGUCAAUUCGUCCGAGGGUGCUUUUGGCCUCUUCCCAGCGGCAGGCUGUAGAGGAGUUCUACCAUCUCAUGGUGAAAAGGACAUACAGUUGUAGCCCCUUGACUAGUCUGAUCUCAAGGAACUCGAGGUUCUUGGCUGGACGGAAUUUGUUAGCCUUCGAUGAUGGUGCUGUGGUUGUGAUAACCGAAGCAGAUCUAGAUGGAUAUGAUCAUAGCGGUGACUCUAGGGUGGAUGGAUCUGAGAUCUGGGCUGAUUUGAAUUUGAUUUACAGGGUUCGAGUUGCCGGUGGGGCAGCCUUAGCAAGGCUCUCCUGUAUGUGGUUUCGGUGUCACACGGACCAGAAGAUACCGAGUCAGAAGCUGACUGCAGAGAGCAAGCAGCUGGGAAGUUUUACUGUUGAUAUACAUGUGUUUUCUUAAGUUUAAAUUUGUACAUAUUUCUUCAGUAUAAAAAUGCUACAAGGAGCCUACUGUUAAUCUUUCUUUACCAAUGGAAACCUUGACUUUCUCAAUGUAAAUACAAUAUAGUACUUCUCAAGUUGCUAAUGAGAAGUCUGAGUAUAUAUAUGUAUAUAUAGCUGUAUGCAGAACUUGAACUUUCAAUGAAGGACUUGAGUGCUUUCUUUUG